GUCAGCUUGACAAUGACGGUCAAACGCUGGACAAGCUAAACGCGCUAGCUUUUCAGAGAAGGAGAACGGCGUCAGCUGGGGAGGUGGCCAGUUCCUAGCCAGGGCCUCUAGGGAAGAGUAGGGAAGAGGAGUGAAACGUUGGCAGCCUCGGAUACGAGCUGCAAUUGGCGCAGAGUAGUGUGCUAUUUUCUGCAGGAGGCUCAGUGCAAGCGGCGCCUUUUAAUUGACAGAGAGCCCUCACGUCUGUUCACUUGUGCACGCAUGAUGGCUUUCUCUGCGGCAAAGUCUACUCCAAUGACCAUUUUCAACCUCAAUGAAAGAGGAAUUGGCAGCGGGGUGGGGAGUGGGCAGCUCAUGUCACCAGUAAGGACCGUCAAUUGCCCUUCAGUGCAUGCACUGUUGCCCCAUCAAUUGUCUGGGCGAAAGCUCCAAGUCCAGAGCACGCCUACAAGGAGUCAACGAGUGGUCCCUGUUCCAAGGGCAUCAAGUGGCCAUGGCAGCAUAAGGAAAUCACAGCCAGGGGACGCAGUUCCUGGUGACUCUAAGCUCCAAGAGGAACUUGUCGAUGUCCUAAGACUAGAAAUUGCAAAAGCACAGAUGUCCAUGUUCUGCGAUGCGGAAGCUGACAAGCUCCGUGAGAUUGCUGCGGAGGGGCUCCGGGAGCUGGACCGCAAGUUCCAAAACACAAUUCUGAACACGUGCAAUGAAGUUGAUGCUGAGGGCGAGCGGGCUUUGAAACGUUUGGAUGCGGAUGCUGCGCGGUUCAGGAUGAGGAUUGAAGAGAGCAAAGCUCAAGCUGAGGCUUCUGCGAGGGACUCGGAGCUGCUGGAGCAGAGCAUCUUUGAGGCACGCAAUGAACGCCUAUUCUUCAAGAACCUCUACACGCCAGCCAAGGCAAAGUCCCCGCCAAGAACAGCCGCACAGGCACAGCAGCUUCAGCAGGAGCUUCAAGCCAUCCGUGAUGUGGCCGCUGACAGCUUCGGGUCAAGUUACAGACGGUUGCUUUAUGGAGCGCUCUCAAUCGUCAUGACAUCUGCGCUCUGGAGCACAGCGACUGCUUUCACGUCAGGGAAUCCCAUUCGCUGGUCUAAGGUGGUGAUUUACCUGGCGAUUCUGGGGUGUAUCUUCAUGCAAUUCUGGUUUGAGAGCUCUCAAACCUCCUCUGCCACAGCAAACGGUUCCGUCUCAGAGGCUGAGACUUCAAAGAAGGACGAUAAGAAAUGAUGACUGGCUGAGGCCUUCUGUUCGACGUGCUUUUACUUGUACAUAGACAUAAACACUGGAUGGGAGAACCAGUUAUCGCUUCUCCCUUGUCAAAUUGCCAUUGUUGUACAGAUCGACUAGCAGCUAAACAGUGUACAGUGCUUAUUUGAUUGCUUUCUACACGGAUAGAGCUUGUGAAUAACACCCCAUAGCUAGCAACGUUGUGCAUGUGCAAGAAAACCGUAACAAGGAUAGAGCAGUUGAGCUAGUGGCUGUAAAGCUAAGGUAGGCUUGCUAAGCUAGACCAGUGCAAGCAAGAGGGCACGUGUGAUGUAAUUCAGCUUGAUACACUUCUCCGAGUAAGUUCCUGCAAGAUUGCUCUUGCUUAAUGCUUACAAAUGUUUGUGAAGCUUUGGCCGAAUUUCUGGUUGUCAAGCACCGAGUGUAAUGCUAAACCGGAAAGGGUGACUGCUC